ACGACACGGAAAGGCUGGGACGGCUCAGAAGACCGACCUUUAAAGAAUCGCUUCGCUUAUUCGUAUUAGCCAGUAAUAUUCAGGAUGAGAUGAAAGAGGAAUAAAACCAGCAUCUGCUACGGCUCACGGAAUCUGCGAACAUGAACUGGGGCUUUCUGGAGAACGUCCUGAGCGGGGUGAACAGGUACUCCACGGUGGUCGGGCGCAUCUGGCUCUCGGUGGUCUUCAUCUUCCGCAUCCUGGUCUUCGUGGCGGCGGCGGAGCAGGUGUGGAAGGAUGAGCAGAGGGACUUUGUGUGCAACACGCAGCAGCCGGGCUGCGAGAACGUCUGCUUCGACCACUUCUUCCCCAUCUCCCAGGUGCGCCUGUGGGCGCUGCAGCUGAUCGUAGUGUCCACACCCUCCCUGCUGGUGGCGCUGCACGUGGCCUACCGCGAGCACCGCGAGAGCCGGCACGGCAGGAAGCUCUACGAGGACAAGGGCCGCAUCGACGGCGGCCUGCUAUGCACCUACCUGGUCAGCCUGGCCUUCAAGACGGCCUUCGAGGUGGGAUCCCUGCUGGCCUUCUACUUCCUGUACAGCGGCUUCGACGUGCCCCGCCUCCUCCGCUGCAGUCUGAGCCCCUGCCCCAACACCGUGGACUGCUACAUCUCCAAGGCCACGGAGAAGAAGGUCUUCCUCUACAUCAUGGGCUGCACGUCCAUCCUGUGCAUCGUGCUGAACGUCUGCGAGACGGUCUACAUCGUCUCCAAGCAGUGCUGGAGGUGCUUCAGUAAGCGGUAUAUCCCCAUCGAGGAGAAGACCCGCUGCCACUGCCACCACCCUCCGGCCGGCGUGACCGCCGUGCCGGCACCACAGCUGACAUCCCCGCGCAAGGAUGAGGGAAGCUUACCUUCGCCACAAGCUGAGAAGGGAGCACCGUAACGUAUCUCUCUCUCAGAGAGACCUUGUAAUGUUACACCCUCUGCUUUCUUGUGCCUGCGGCUCAGUUCUGUUUGUACCCAAAUCUCUCGAGUUUGCUUGAGGAAAUACAUGUCCUUUAAGGGCAGUGUACCUCAAGUCUUUUUUCAUGUUUUUUUUCUUACCUAGCACUUUAUUUGGUAUGUAAAGGAAGUAGAUUAUCCAGCAGAUUAUCCAGAUACUUAAAAAGGGAGAGCUUUCAUUUGCAAUACAUUUAUCUGAGUAAAGGACACUGUUAAAUUGGUGAGCAUAUUCAGAGUGUGCCAACACUCAAAAACAUAUAACAGACUUAAAACACGGCCGAUUUGUAAUGACAUGCUCCUAUGUGAGUACAAGCCCCUUACAUUUGGUACAUUUUAUGUUUUCAAGGUCAAGGGGUGGAACGCUUUUUAAACACAUCCACAUCCAAGGUGGGCAACUCCAUAUUAAUGCCCACGGUUUUGGAAUGGGAUGUCCAAUAAGCUCAUAUAGGUG